UCCUCCGCCUCAUCUCCAUUCUUUCAUCUUCUCAUCAGCCAUUUCCUUCAGAAGGAUUAGGAAGAAGACGUAGAAGAAGAAGAUGGUGACGUUGGUUUCUCGACAGGGAAGGCAACUCCAGCGAUACAGCAAGAACGGCAGCCGCCUCGUCGUCGGGUGCAUUCCUUACAAGUUUAAUCCCGGCGAGGAGGCCGAUAAAUCGAUGGAGGUCCUCGUCGUCAGCUCGCCCAAAGGCAAUGGCUUGCUCUUCCCAAAGGGUGGUUGGGAGACAGACGAGACGAUUAAAGAAGCAGCUUCGAGGGAGGCAAUGGAGGAAGCAGGAGUGCAAGGCCACAUUGAGAGGAAACUUGGGAAAUGGAAGUACAAGAGCAGAACCUACGAUUCUUACUAUGAAGGCACCAUGUUCCCUCUCCAUGUCACGCAGGAGCUCGGAGACUGGCCGGAGAUGCACACGAGAGAGCGCAAAUGGGUGACGGUGGCUGAAGCGAAAGAAGGGUGCCAGCAUCCGUGGAUGAAAGAAGCACUGGAGAGACUGGUGGAGAGACUCUACAGCAGCUCGAGCUGCAGCAGCAGCGGCGGCGGCGGCGGCGAAGCAACUCCAGCUUCUUAGGAUUCUGAUUAAAACUUUCCAAUCAAUUUUACUUAGAUCAUUCUUUAAUUUCUUUAGGCCUAAUGAUGAUGUGAGGAUCACACUGUGCUCUCCACUAUAAAAUGAACAAGUUAUUGGCUUUGCUACGAAUCAGUGAGUUCUUCGUGCAGUUUCCUUUCCUCCACUUUGCCAUGUGGUUGGGUACUGGGUAGCUAUCGGAAUCCCAGUUUCCACCACUAACACUUUCUGCAUCUUCUUUGGCAUGCAACGCAAAGUAGCA